AUGCCUCGUAUUUCUGAAUCCAAACCUACCCAGGAGUCUGAUCAUAAGGGUGAUGUCUCUUCUGACUAUAAGUUGUCUCUGAUGCCUGGAAUGCCACGGGACGACUCCUUGAGCGAGAAGGCGCUCAAUAAACCAAGUCGGCUGGAGAACAGAAACAGGCUUCUUCGCCUAUUGUGCUGUGCAGACUGUCUACCAUCAUGGGCUGCUGUCUUGGUGUGGUUCAUAAUCAUAUCCCUCGCGAUUGCAUUUGCGGUGAUCGGGAUCAUCCUUCACACUGCCACUCCACCAAAAUUCUCUAUAGCAGACGUGGUACCAGUUACUGAUAUGGCAGCAUUAACUUACACAAACGAUUCGUUUACAAUUCAUUUCAACCUUGUUAUCAAUAUCAAGAACCCAAACAUAUUCCCCAUACACUUUAGCCAUGUGAAUGCCACGGCAUACUAUCCUAUGCCCGGUAAACCAGUGGCCGGAAGUAGUUUUGUGGAAAAUGAAUAUGUACCUAUAAAAAGUGAUUACAACAAAAGUAUCCCAUUCUCCAUGACAUACAGGCCAGAAAUCGAUCGUUAUAGAGUUAUCCUUGGUACCAUAACCAGCCAUUGUGGAGUGACAGGUGGUCCAAUGAAAGAUAUCACUGUUACUUAUUCAAUAAAUUCCACUGCCAAUGCUCUAUUACUCGUCGCACACCCCUCCUUCCAAGCUACCUCUACUCUUCCAUGCCCAAUACAGCUUCAAGAUGUUCCUGAGCUGGCUGCCAUUACAGAAAGAUUCAAGUUGAAGCCUUCAUCUAAUGUUACUCAUACCACAUGA